AGGCGCGUGCUUUGGCGUCUUUGCAGCUCCUGGUUCGCUGUCUUUCCUUGUCUCUGAAGAUGACGACGCCACAGCCCGAUUUCUUCCUGCCCUCGGUCCAUCAGGCAGGCGGUUGGGAUUGACUACUACCCUCGGUUUAUUCUGCAAUACAGUGGAUACAAUUUGUUAUGGCUACUCUGAGUGUUAUAGGUUCAAGUUCACUUAUUGCUUAUGCUGUAUUCCAGAAUAUACAGAAAUCUCCAGAGAUGAGGCCACUCUUUUAUCUGAGUUUCUUUGACCUCCUCCUGGGGAUAUGCUGGCUCAUUGAAGCACUUCUCUAUGGAACUUCAGCAGCCAAUAAGGACAUUGUCUGCUAUAACUUGCAAGCAGUUGGACAGAUAUUCUACAUUUCUUCAUUUUUCUACACCAUCAAUUACAUCUGGUAUCUGUACAAAGAACUAAGGAUGAAACACACCCAGAGUGGACAGAGCACAUUUUCCUUGGUUAUAGAUAAUUCUUGUCAAGUUGGUCAGAUAGCCAUCAUUUCAUCAAGCCUGAUACCUCUACUAUUGAUGAUACCUGUAUUCUGUCUGGGCAAUUCCAGCGAAUGUUUCCGCAACUUUAGCCAGAACCAUGGGUGUAUCCUGAUGCACUCACCACCAUCAGCCAUGGCUGAACUCCUGCCUUCUGCCAACACAUCAGUCUGUAGCACACUUUAUUUUUAUGGGCUCAUCCUUUUCCUGACCAGCUUUCUACUCAGCCUCUUCACCAUUGUGGUCUUACUCAUCCAAGCCCAGACUCUGUAUAAGAAGUUUGUGAAAUCAACUGGCUUUUUGGGAAGUGAACAGUGGGCAGUGAUUCACAUUGUAGAGCAGCGAGUACGCUUCUACCCAGUGGCCUUCUUCUGCUGCUGGGGCCCAGCUGUCAUUUUGAUGAUCAUAAAGCUGAUUGAGCCACAGGACACCAAGCUUCACAUGGGCCUCUAUGUACUUCAGGCUCUAACAGCAUCAUCCCAGGGUCUGCUCAACUGUGGAGUAUAUGGAUGGACACAGUACAAGUUCUUUCAACUAAAGCAAGAAACUCGGCGUGAUGCAGACACCCAGACACCAUUAUUAUGCUCACAGAAGAGAUUCUAUAGCAGGGCCCUAGAUCCAUUGGACUCUACCCUUGCUUUUGCUACCAGCACCUCCACUACUUUUUGAAACUAGUACUGGGAUAUAUUCCACACUAAAGGAUUGGAAAAAGUGUUGGGGAACAUCUUUAGUCUUUUAUAAUCAUGCCUUACACUAUGGAAAUGAAAGGGAAUAUAGUGCCAUGGUUUAGUAGCCAUUCUAGGUGAAUUG